AUGGUGGCGACGGUGGCGGAGCCGGAGGAGUCGAUUGUAGUGGUUCGGGAGUUCGACCUGGAACGGGAUUGUCCCGGCGCCGCGGCGGUGGAGAGGAUGUGCGAGGUGGGUUCCAGUGGCUCCGGCAAGAUUUCGCUCUUCACCGACCUCCUGGGCGAUCCCUUAUGCCGCGUCCGCCAUUCCCCUGCCUUUCUCAUGCUGGUUGGUAUUCUUCUUCUCCUUUCCUAUCCGGCAUCAUUCAUCGCCAGGGGGGGUUGAUCGCUCCUCUGUCAUCUUUUUCCGAGCUUUCACACAAGUUGUGCUUUUAUUUUGUUUUUCCAUUGAGAAUCCUUGAUGCUUUCUUAAUAUGGCGGCGUUCAUCGACAUUGUUUUUAAAAAUCUCGAUAAAGGUUGCCGAAACGGGAGGCGCGAAGAGGGAGAUAGUCGGUCUGAUCCGCGGCUGCAUCAAGACAGUUACAUGCGGCAAGAAGAUCCCCCGGAACGGGAAGCCUCCCAUCCCUCUCUAUGCCAAGCUCGCCUACAUUCUCGGCCUCCGCGUCUCCCCGACUCACAGGUAAGCGGCCGCUGGGCAUGACCUCAGCGGUAAAAAUGCUCGGGAACACCCACCUACUCUGUGUCUCUCUGUUUCUCUGAAACUCCUGGGUGCUGCUGCUCCCUCAGGCGAAUGGGCAUCGGAUUGAAGUUGGUAACCCGGAUUGAGGAGUGGUUCAGGGAGGAGGGGGCGGAGUACUCCUACAUGGCCACCGAGAAGGACAACGAGGCUUCGAAGCAGCUGUUCGUAGGUAGGUGUGGCUACUCCAAGUUCCGCACCCCGUCCAUCCUCGUCCAGCCCGUGUUCGCUCACCGCGUCCGCGUCCCACGGCGGAUCACCGUCCUCGAGCUGCGUCCCGGCGACGCUGAGUCCCUCUACCGCCGCCGCUUCUCCACCGUCGAAUUCUUCCCACGCGACAUCGACGCCGUCCUCAACAACCCCCUCUCUCUGGGCACCUUCCUCGCGGUGGCGAACGCUGCCGCCCCGGGGGACCCGGAGAUAUCCCCCGACACCUGGGCAGGGUCCGAGUCCUUCCUGGCGGACCCGCCGGAGUCGUGGGCGGUGCUGAGCGUGUGGAACUGCAAGGACGUCUUCCGGCUGGAGGUCCGCGGGGCGUCCCGGCUGAAGAGAGGUCUCGCCACGACGAGCCGCCUGUUCGACCGCGCCUUCCCCUGCUUGGGCGUUCCCUCCGUGCCCAACCUCUUCAGGCCAUUCGGUCUCUACUUCCUGUACGGAGUGGGCGGGCACGGGCCGAUCGCCGGGAAGCUGCUCACGGCGCUCUGCGCGCACGCCCACAACCUGGCAAAGAAGGGCGGGUGCGCUGUCCUCGCCACGGAGGUCGCGAGCUGCGAGCCACUGCGAGUCGCCAUACCGCACUGGCGACGGCUCUCGUGCGCUGAAGACCUGUGGUGCAUGAAGCGCCUGGUCGCGGACCACACCGACGGCUCGGCGGGGGACUGGACCAAGUCCCCCCCUGGGCCGUCCAUCUUCGUCGACCCCAGGGAAAUAUGA